UCUAAAUCGAGGACACCUGCUUCACUCUCGACAUGCACCAGUGUCUUUGCGUAAGUGAGAUCCUGGAAGUGAUUUUUUAUUUUGUGUUCAACGAUAGACAACGACGUUUCUGCUCACAUUUAUUGCCUAAUCUCAUACCAUCACCGGAAACUCAGGAUCGACGUUCCACCUUCCGACUUGCACUCACCUGCCGUGCAUUUCGAGAUUUAGCGUUGAAUGUUCUUUAUUCUCAUCUGAGAAACUUAUGGCCUCUUACUCUCUCAUCCAGACCUUCAAUGCUCCAUCCUGAUACAUUUCGUCCGUUGGUCCUCGCUUCCCGCGUACAGAUUCUAUCACAACCACGUCAGGAUGGCAAUGCAUAUCCAUCCCUUCUUGCAUGUGCUCAAAAGCAAGCACCUUUCUUCCCAAACUUACGAUCCCUCGCAUGGAACGAUUGUUCUUUCAUCUGUAUCUCAGUUCUCAAACUCCUCUUACCCACAGUUGAGAUCCUCGACCUCGACCUCUUAUCAGACUCGGACGGUUCUUCAUUUCGCAAAGCCAUCAUCCCUGCGCUCCAUACCUCCGCACCCCGCCUCAAAUCUCUUGAGAUCAAGGGCAGCCUCUUCUACGAAGACUCAGACUCAGAUCUGUCACAAAUCGAGUCCCUCCUCAUCAGCUAUCCCGAUGGUCUCACAGAGUUUUCAUUGACACUCCUUGACCGGCCCGGGUAUUUAUACGAUGUCCCGAGCACAGUGCUUAACGUUAUCAUGUCCUGGCCAUCGCUCCGGUCGCUCACCUUAAAGCUAGGUCUCGACAACAUUCCUACCGCACCUCUCCACAUCUCCCAGCCCUUUCCGGCACUCACCCACUUGCACAUCUCAUCCGAUGACACUUUGGACCUUUUCAUAUCUUUCCUGCGCAUCCAAGUCUUGCAGGCCUCAGCACCCUCGUACUCUCUCCUGGCCCCACAACCUCGAUCAUACUCACAGACACCGACAUCUCCACGCUCGCUCGUACAUGCCCUCAUCUCCACAUUCUUGACUUGGGGCCGCGCAAUACCCCCGUAUCCUUGUAUGCUUUGAAUAUCCUUUUCAGGCGCUGUCGCGAGUUGCGCGAGGUCUCGCUCUGCCUGGAUGUCAUGGUGCGGGUCGAUGUACUUACAGAUAAUAAACAUGCAGACGACGACGAAGUAGGUCUGCAACCUAACACGCGCUUCACCAAACUAGAAGUCGGGCCGUCGCCUAUCGAGAUCGAGUGCCCCGUGCGCCCUUUGCGUGAGUCAUCGUCAGAGCUGACGGAGGA